AUGGUUGUUUCCUACCAGUACCCAAAUAGCACAUGGGAGAGAGUGGCAAUGACGCCUUGCCAAAGGGCGCUAGGCCUUGGUGGGAUUAGAACAAACGACCCUCUGAUUACAAGGCGAGAGUUAGGACCGCACCACAGCGCUUUCACGGCAAUAAUGAAAUUAAACAUCAUGGUCUCAAUGAUGAAAAGGGAGUCCUCUGUGGUCACACCACAUUUUCUUGCUGUUCCACAGGGAAUUUCUGAAAUACCGAAAUCCAUCGAUUAUCUUAGAGCAAGUAUGGUUCAAGAGAAUACAGAUGACUACUCUCCGUUACAAAUGGCUGUAAUGAAUGGUCACCUUGAUGAAGUACAAAGCAUAGUCAGUCAAGGGGCGAACGUGAAUCAGGGUACCGCUGAAGGCUGGACACCGUUAAUGAUUGCAGCAAAGACCGGCAGAGUGAAACUGUUGACAUUUUUCAUCGAUCAAGGGGCUGAGAUUACAAAUCAAGGGGUUGAGGUGAAUAAAGGAGAUAACAAUGGUUCCACUGCAUUACACCUUGCUGCUCAUAAUGGGCGUCUUGAUGUAACCAAAUAUCUCAUCAGUCAAGGGGCCGAGGUGAAUAAAAGAGAUAACUAUGGUUGGACUGCAUUACACAUUGCUGCUCAGAAAGGUCGUCUUGAUGUAACCAAAUAUCUCAUCAGUCAAGGGGCUGAGGUGAAUAAAGGAGUUAACAAUGGUGGGACUGCAUUACACAUUGCUGCUCAUAAUGGCCAUCUUGAUGUAACCAAAUAUCUCAUCAGUCAAGGAGCAGAGGUGAAGAAAGAGGAUAACAAUGGUUGGACUGCAUUACACUUUGCUGCUCAUAAUGGUCAAUUUGGUGUCACUGAUCGUCUGAUCAGCCAGGGGGCUGAGGUGAAUAAAGAGGACAACAAUGGUGGGACUGUAUUACACAAUGCAGCUCACAAUGGUCGUCUUGAUGUAAUCAAAUAUCUCAUCAGUCAAGGGGCUGAGGUGAAUAAAGGAGAUAACGAUGGUGGGACUGCAUUUCACAUUGCUGCCCAUUAUGGUCAUCUUGAUGUAACCAAAUAUCUCCUCAGUCAAGGGGCUGAGCUCAUCAGUCAAGGGGCUGAGGUGAAUAAAGGGGAUAACGAUGGUUGGACUGCAUUACACUUGGCUGCCCAGUAUGGUCAUCUUGAUGUAACCAAAUAUCUCAUCAGUCAAGGGGCUGAGGUGAAUAAUGGAGUUAACAAAGCUCACAAUGGUCAACUUGAUGUAACUAAAUAUCUCAUCAGUCAAGGGGCUGAGGUGAAUAAAGGAGAUAACAAAGGUAGGAAUGCAUUACACCUGGCUGCCCAGAAUGGUCAACUUGAUGUAACCAAAUAUCUAAUCAGUCAAGGGGUUGAGGUGAAUAAAGGAGUUAACGAUGGGGCUGAGGUGAAUAAAGGAGUAAACAAUGGUUGGACUGCAUUACACAUUGCUGCUCAUAAUGGGCAUCUUGAUGUAACCAAAUAUCUGAUCAGUCAAGGGGCUGAGGUGAAUAAAGGAGAUAACAAUGGUUGCACCGCAUUACACUUUGCUGCCCUGAAUGGUAAUCUUGAUGUAACCAAACAUCUCAUUCGUCAAGGGGCUGAGGUGAACAUGACAAAUGAAGAUGGUUUGAGAUCUCUAGACUUUGCUCUUUUAAGAAAUCAUUCUGACGUUGUUCACAUUCUUAAAGCUGAAGAUGCGAGUAUUGAUGAAGGAAUUCUUCGUCAGCAGGGAUUUCUACAUGUGUUACUGCCCUUGACGGAUAUUGCAAAACUUCUCAGCCCAGCUUUCCUUACCGAGGAUAUUCAUCUUGCUAUAAAAAAUGGUCAAACCACCACGAUUGAGAACUUAGUGUCUCAAGGAGCUGAUCUCAAUGUCCAGUCAGCUGACGGUCAGAUGUGUCUCCAUGAAGCCAUCAAACUCUGUUACAAAACUGGGAGAAAUGUAGAAGAAAGCUACACGCUAAGAAAGAUUUCAGACGAGAUUUACAAUGGAAAUCUAUCACCUGAGAAGGCUUUGGUGUUUUAUUUACUUGACAAUGGAGCUAAGACAGACGUGGAAGAUAAGUCAGGAAAACUACCAAUCCACUAUGCCAAAGAUGAAGUGGUUAGACAGAUGAUCUUAUCGAGAAUGAAAUCUCCUGAAGAGGCCCAUUAUUAUCAAGAAAGCGUGAAUAAAGAACGUCACACGGAUUCUAAAGUCUCUGCUGACGCAACUUCAGAGGAUGUCACAAUGUCCCAGGAUGAUACGAGGGAGCAGAGUAAGCAAAAUGAAACUCAAACCCAAGCUGCAGAAAGCGAUGAGGGUCAUCAUACUGAUGAAGAAUAUGACUUGAUUCAAAUUGAGAAGCAUGGCAUUACUGUCAGAAUUUCCAAAUAUGAAAUCUACAAUGCAAAGGACAUCACUGUGGAAGUGAUUGAAGAGGUCCCACCUGAGCUAAAGCUGAAGGAAACAGAAGCCAUCAUUUCGGUUGGAUUGAAGAUGUCGCCUUCUGACGCAAUCUUUGACAGUCCUGUGAGAGUAACAAUGCCCCACUGUGGUGCCUUUACAAAGCCUUCUGAUGCAGAAGUUUACAUCUAUUAUCGCAAGAACGAUUCUACAAAGUUUACAGCGAUUCUAUCCACCAGCACUAGUAUCCCAAAAUGUGUUGUGAGAGAUCGCGAUCUAGAUAUCUACCUGGAACACUUCUCAGAAUUCUGGAUUAUUGCUACAAUAAGAAAGAUAUUUAUUGGGAAACGUGUUAUUUGUACACCAAUCAUUCCUGUACUAGCACCUAGAAAUCCCAUGCCCGUUUUGUGGGUCAAUGUCAGGGACCAAAACGUUGCAGAAGGACAGGUUAGUCAUAUUGGAAGGGUUCCACCACAUUUCUUCUCAUAUUCUUAG